AUGGGUGUGGUGGGCAGUGCGUCACCGCUGCCGUCAUCGCCGGGCCCACUGGACGUGGCUGAGCAUGAGGCACCCGCUUCGGAGUCCCCAUACUCUCAGCAGCAGCAGCAGCAGCGGCGGCGGUGUUCCUCUGUUUCAGCACAAGGUUCAGGUGCGAAUGCUGCAACCACUGCUACUGCCACUGCCACUGCUGUGGCGACGGUCCCACCGGCGAGUGGACACGCGCGCCAGUCCCCGAUGUGCUGGAGCUCUGCUCAUUUAGUUGCUGAUUCUGCCGCAGUGAAGGAGGCGGCGUCUGCGGAGGUGGCGCCGCACUGCACGUGUACGCUUGCCCACUUCUGCCAGCGCCGCACAUACAUGCAGAACACAGAGACGGAUGGCGGUGACAAGAGUUCCUGA